AUGGCCGAGUUGUAUCUGAUUGCUUUUUCAGAUAUCGGUGUUCUGUCUGUCAUGUCCGAUGUCAACACUGCGCUGAUGAGGACAAUCUUGGAAUCUCCUUACCCGUCCAACACCACAAUCAACAGCACGUAUUCUACUAGCGAUGCCGCGAGUCUGGAUGAGCAGAACUUCAACAAGAUGAUCGCCGCCUAUGACUCGUGCAUGGAUACAGAUGCUAUCGAUGAAGCCGGUGCCAAGCCCCUUCAGGACAUCCUGAGUGCUUUCGAUACGCUCGCUUCCGGAAAUGGAACCGACCUCACUGACAAGCUCAUCUGGGUCCAACGGUAUGGUGCCAGCGGCAUUGUUCAGGCAACCACAACGGCGGAUGACAAGAACCCCAACAUCACCACAGUUGCUCUAGGCACUGGGCUGCUUGGGCUCGAUGCGAAAGAAUACUACACUGAUGACGAGGCUAUCGCCAACUACACGACUGCUAUUGUUGGCAUGUUUGACAAUUUGUACGGCGAGGAUAAACACGACUCGAACGCGAAGAUCGCUGAUGAGAUCGUCACUUUCGAGAAAGCGCUCGCCAAUGCUUCCCCCGAUGCUUCGCAAGCCGGUGACGUGGAGUACUACUACAACCCAACACCAAUCGCUGAGGCCGACGACCUGCUACCCGAGAUCUCAUUCUCCCGCUUGAUCAAAGCGUUCGCUCCGAGCAAUUACACCGUUGGCGACGUUAUCGUGUACACACCCGACUACUUCCCGGCCGUAUCGUCUAUCCUCAAGAACAGCACGACUGAAGCCGUAAACGCUUAUUUGGAUUGGGUACUGAUCCAGACCUGGGCAACACGUCUUUCAGACAACGUUAGCGCUCCAUACCGCCGCCUUCAGAACGAACUGCAGGGUAAAGAUCCUGAGGCCACCGCCGAGCGCUGGAGGACAUGCUUCAGCGACGUGGAUACCAACCUGCCAUGGAUCGAAAGCGCAUUCUUUGUCCGUGAAGCUUUCAGUCCGGAGGCUAAGACUUUCGGCGAACGCAUCAUCACAGAUGUUGAGGACGUUUUCAAGGCUAAGCUAAAGACGUAUGAGUGGAUGAGCGAUGAGGUCAAAGAGUUGGCCAUCCAGAAAAUUCUCAACAUGGUCGAGAAGAUUGGUUACCCCGACAUCUCUCCCAAUGUUCAGGAUCCCAAAGCACUGGCCGACUUCUACGCGACCUUGAACGUGACAGACUCCUUCUUCGAGAACGGUCUCGCGUACAACAAUUUCACGCUUGCUGGUACUUGGGGCGACUUGAACCACCCCACCGACAAGAAUCGUUGGUUCAUGACUGCACCUACAGUCAACGCUUACUUCAACCCGCCAUCCAACGAGAUCGCUUUUCCUGCCGGUAUUAUGCAGCAGCCUUUGUUCAACCUAGACCUUCCGGAAUACGUUUCUUACGGUGCCUUUGGAGCCGUUGCUGGGCACGAACUUACACACGCUUUCGACAGCUCAGGUUCUCACUACGAUGAGAAUGGUGCCUACCGCGACUGGUGGGACAAUGCCACUCUUGCCGCCUUCGAAAACAAGACACAGUGCUUCAUCGAUCAAUUUUCCGAGUACAGCAUUACAACGCCCGCUGGCGAGCAGCUCCAUAUCAAUGGAGAGCUGACCCAGGGUGAGAACGUUGCUGACACUGGCGGUCUGUCGGCUUCUUUCACUGCUUGGCAGGAGAGGAACGAAGCGGAGCCUAAUCAACUUCUUCCUGGCCUCGAGGAGUACACUCGUGAGCAGCUCUUCUACCUCUCUUUCGGUGGCGUAUGGUGCGGAGAGAGGAGGCCCGCCGAGGCCGUACGUAGGAUUUACUCCGACCCACACUCGCCACCCAAUGUCCGUAUCCUGGGUACGGUUGCCAACCAGAGGGGCUUCAAGGAGGCGUUCAAGUGCGCCAAUAAGGAGCCAGCUUGCGAACUGUGGUAG